GACAAUUAAAGAUUGGUCCGCCGUCUCCGUGCCCCAGAUGACCGCUGCCUGCUAUAUCUUCCUUCGUGCCAAUGCCAUUAGGCAGUUUCACCAGUCUCCAGUAGUUGUUGGGUCUCUCUGCUUAUUACGUUCUGCAGAACCGCUAACGCUCGAUAUCAGCCGAGUCUCUCAUGUUGCUAGUAGCGGGCCGCCAUUGGAGGUAGUUGGACUCUCGUGGUAGUGGAGAGCGUGAGCGUGCGAGGAGUGAGCGGAACGCGCGGUGUCAGCGCUGGAGGACAUACUCGCAUGUUGUGGCAGCGUGUGAGACAGACGGUGGUUGUUUCUAGUGUGCAUCUGCAAUUCUCUGCUAGGAUCGCACUAUGAUGUGUUUGCAAUCAAGCGUUCCAGCUGCCGAGAUCACUAAUUAGAUGCCCGGAUGUGUACUACUUUGACAUUUCUGUAGGAACGAAAAUGGAGUCAGCGAAGAAAUGGCUUACCUCGACGUGUGUGCUUGUUCUUGCAGUAUGCCUGUUUAUUCAGAAAGGACUCGCCAUCGAGUGUUUCAUCUGUAAUUCCUAUCUUCACGGCGAUGAUUGUAGGAACUUGCCGGAAGAAAAACAAUAUAUGUACAAGCAGAGGUGUGAUUUCCUUGAGGGUAACAAGACGUACACCGUCUGCCGCAAAAUGGUCCAAGAACUACCGGAUGAAGUCCGUAUAAUCCGCCAGUGUGGGUCGAUGGGUAAACCCGGGUGCAUCGCCCGCAGUGGCACGAGGGGUGUUCGCAUCCGGUAUUGUCACUGUGGGGAAUCGCUAUGUAAUAUGGGACCAGCUGUCAUACCUCAUCUUCCCACGUAUCUCACAAUUGCCAUAGCAACGUUUGUCAUUCCUCGGAUCUAUCAGAAACUACGGGAAUGAGGAAAUGACCGGCACAUCUGUUGACAAGGUCAAGGCCUAUUGUAAGCAGCUAACAUGGAUACAAGUAAACCGAAUGUCCAGUGUAGUAGAUGGACGCCAUGCCGUAUCCAGUCCUACCCAGAUGCAAUCAUAGUAGAUGUAGUCGAUACGGGGUUAAAUCCCUUGCGGUACACCACCAGAGGGCGCUAGUGCUUUUCAUCACAGAGCUUCUUUCAGGCUGCUGAAUCUGUCAUUCUGGUUCCUUCAACACUUCGUUAUAACGCGAAAUAAAGCUGAUUACGUCACACACGGACACAUUCCUACCAAGAGCAUAUAAUAGACUCAUUUAUAGACGUGGAAACACCCCAUUAGAAGCACCGUUCAUCCGUAUUGAUCACCUGAAGGCUAAUGCGUAUUCACAACGUAUUGAUGUUACCGUAUCUAAUAUACCUGUGUUGGUUUUAGUUACCUCAGAACCAAAGUUAUAUGGUCAAGCGGCAUGACUGUUUCCUCCAACACAUUUGGCCAGUAGUAUAUGAGAAGUGUCAUUUUUGCGCAAAUUUCUACAGGCAUGACUCCAUGCAAAGCAAAUCAGUGAUGCCCAACUUGUUGGAUCACAGUAAUAAUCAUGGAAUCUGAUAUUAACCUUUUUUAGCGAUUAUGAUUUUUCGACAAGUCGCAUUGAGUUUAUGUUAGUUUACAAAAUGAUGAUACAUAUGUACUGAAUGUGUCAAUACCAUUUAUACAUGAAUUAUCGAAACAGGCAUAUUUCAGGAGGUUUUUAUGAACGUCCUAUUGUAUCCAAUGUGUAAAAUUGCAAACCUUUGGAAAACCAGUGUGAAAGCAGUUUUGAGCCAGGUGCAGCAGUAUAACGAGGGCUCUAGAUGUGUGGUAAUGUGACGGACUUUGUUGUUAUAAACGUGAGAGAUCCUGCUGCUGCAAUGGCUAAUCAGGUAGGAGUAAGGCUCAGGGAUAGGUGAUAUUUUUGGAAGCAUGUCAAUGCUGUCAAUGUUCAAGUUAUGAUAUAUAGGUGUGGUACAUGUGAUUACCGUUCAGAUGGCAACACUGUGAUAAGCGAUCAUGGAUUAGAUUUGAUCAGGAAUGUUGAUGUAUUUGUAUAGUAAAGUGGAGUAUAUUCUUAAAGAGAUUAGAUUAUGAAGUUUAAUGUACAUUUCUGUAUGUUGUGACAUUGAUAAUGUAGAUAAAGGUCCCACUGCCAGAAGGCAUCGUUCACACGAUGGUCAGGAAGCUUAGAAUGGAAACUGAGCCGGUCCAAUGUGCAACAAGAACUUUAAAUAAGGUCCUGAUAAAAGAAUUGGCAAUUUUUCAAUAUGGAGUCAAGAUGCGCUUUCAGGCAUCUGCAACGGUUCGUGUGUAGAAUAUAACCAAAACAUGCACCUCUAGCGAUUGAAGAGCUCAGUAAUUGGCGUGUGGAGAACUGACUUCCUUACGUGAAUUUCCGGGGGCAGGUAAGCUACAUUUACGAGUAGAAGAGAGCAUUUCUCUUCUCUUAGCUCAUUAGUAAUAACGCUUCUGGACAAAGGACUCUUGUUAAAGUAAUGCUGCUCUGCGUGUUUGUUUGUGCUAUCUAUUCCUUUAUUAUCCUCUAAUGAGUUCCUGACAAACGCAUGUGUUUGCAUCAAUGAUCUCCAAGAACAAUCAAGACCAUGAACGUGAGAGAUGAACAAUGUGUGUAUGUGAUCCUGCACAUCGUCCUUGUGUGACCUGACGAAUAUAUUGACAGACAGAUCAUCAUCAUGUCCUCUAAUCAUCUUUAAUGGAUAUCGAUUCGGAAGAAUCUCUUUGGGGAAUAGGUUGAUCUUGAUAUGAAUCGUGUUCAUUGGCGGCAUCAUUUCCUGUGUUGUGCAUAGUGGUAUAGCACGUUUUUAUUAUGCCACAACUACAUUGUUGAACAUUACGAUCAAAUGGUGACAAUCGUCUACAACCCAAGUCUCAGUUCCUCACGGAGAAUGUCGCAUAAAGCUUAUAUGAUCCAAACCAAGGUGCAUCCCAAUGAAUAUUUCAUGGAUCCGUUACUCUGCACGCGGUUGUAAAACGCUAAUCAACUACGUGUUAUUGACAUGUAUAUAUAACACCAUUAAUCGGUAUUGUCACAGUACCACCUGCACGUGAACAGUGAUAUCGAUUUGAAAUAUGCAUGUAUCAAACAAUCCGUGACAUGCAUUGCUGUAUAUGAUGUGUAGAACAUUGUAUCCAUUCUUCCAAGAUCUUGUGGUUGUAAAUCCAUCGACACUUAACACCAAUGCUUCCAUGGUCAUCUGGAGCCAUUCAGUGUCUGAGUUCGAGCCUUGGGGGCGUAGUACUAACCAACAUUAGCCACCUUCUUAAAGAUAGCUUAUCCUUGCAUAGCACAGUAAGAUCUGCUUUCGAAAAUGGUUCCAUGAAGAACGUGGUUUCAAUUAAAAGAAAGGAUAGUUAAAUGGAAUAAGUUGUGUAUAAAAUAUAUCUUCGUGAAUGAGUUGUGUGUCCAAUGUGGAUAUUUUACUAGGAAAUGAGUGCUGAAUAUGCUGCUAUUGCUGGAACAAAGGAUAUUCCACUACGGACAGAGUACGUGUAUACUUCUAAUGAUUGAGCAAUGGAUACGCUACUAUUACCGAAGUAAAGGAUAUGCCACUACGAAAUGAAACCAGGAAAUGAGUUAAAGAUAUGAUACUGUGACCGAAUCAAGGAUAUGGUACAACGAUCCGAGUAAAGGAUAUUCAACUGUGGACUGGGUAAUGGAUAUUAAUGCAUGACUGCUGGGUAUGAGGCUAAGGCCAAUAUGGGUGCUUCGUAUGCCCUCGUCAUGUUAGAUGUUGUUUCGCCAAUGAGAUGCUAUCCAGGUAAUAUGUGUAUUUGAUCUCAUAAUGUUUGAAAUACAUGGUUGAUAUUGCUUUGUAAAAUGUUAAAACGGGAAAUGGUUUACGGAAGAGCUAUUUGUCUGAUUAAGGACUAAGUAUGACGUCAUUAUUGAUAUAGGCUUUCAGAAUGGAAUUGGUCAUUUAGUUUUGUGGGAUUGUAACUCUGUUACGUGAGAUUUGCGUGAGCGACUAAGUAUGUUAGCAUGGCACGAAGACACUACGGUCGUGUGUCCGACUGGGAAAGGUUUAAGUUUGUUUUGUUUUAUGGGAAUAAUACGUUAGAAUAACACGUAAGAUGAUUCGAGAUGGCUUGACCCUGUGUAUGAUAGGGAGACAUCAAGUCUCCAUCAACACGUCUGUAUGACGUGACUUCAUAUAGAAACUCUACAGGAUUUCUUAUAACAAUGAAUGCGUUGUGUUGUAGUACAUAGUUUAACGUGUUUCAAAUAGAUGUCCCAUAUGUCCCUGCCUGUCUUGUGACGGCCUUGGUUCUGCAGUCAUCACCAAUGUUAAUGAAUAUAGAAUAAGGGUUACUGGAAACCAAUAACGGACUUUCCUCCUUAUGUUCUUGAUAUUAUUGGUAAUAGAUAUUGAUAGAUAUUGAUAGAUAUAUUCAUUUUACGUUCACGGUGAAUUAUAACAUUAUCCUGUAAGUAGAAAAUAUUUUUGGAUUCAUAUUUUGGUUAUUUUUAAGAUAUAGUCGAAUCAUAAGACAUGGAAGACUCUUAUGCAUGUUAUUAAAAUGUAUGGUUUAACACCGAGAUCAGUAAUGUUAAAAAUGGAAAAAAUGUGGAUCCCUAAAUAUUGCUUGUGGGUAUCUAGUCAUGUAGUUUACUGUGCACUAAGUGUACAUGUAGCUUCUAUGUAUUCGAUGUUUCCUCUCAGUCACUAGAUCAUACUUGUAACGGUAAACUGUUGUAA